AUGGCUUCAGAAUUCAGCAUCCUAACACCAAAUGCCAUGCUUGGCUAUGGCUACCGAGCCGAGCAGUUCUGGUAUGGCAUUCAACAGUUCUCGCCCAGGGCCAUUAUUGUGGACAGUGGCUCGACAGAUGGGGGUCCAUACAAGCUUGGCCUGAAUAAGAUGACAUGCGGCCGCGAGUCCUACCUUCGUGACCUCACGCCUAUUUUGCAGGCCUGCUUUUACAAGAAAAUCCAGGUCCUUAUUAGUUCGGCUGGCGGCGAUGGCAGCGAUAAACAUGUGCAGGAGAUGCUUGAGAUGGUCCAGGAAAUUGCAGCCAAGGAGGGGUUCUCAUUCAAAGUCGCGACCGUCUCUGCGGGGUUCGACAGGAGGCUGCUGGCAGAGCGCAUCUCGAACAAGAAAGUCAGUCCUUGUGGUCCGGUCGAGGAGUUGACCAUUGACAGCGCUCAGAGGGCAAUUGAUAUCGUCGCCCAAAUAGGGGCUGAACCGUACGUCCCCCAGGAGCUUGUGGGAGCAGGAAUGGAUCUAACUGUCCACAGAUACCUCAAAGCUCUGCAGUCCAAUCCAGACAUCAUCCUCGGCGGUCGAUCUUAUGACCCUGCGCCCUUUGCUGCCUUUUCACUCUACCAUGGCGUCCAGCCAGGUGUUGCCUGGCAUAUGGGCAAGAUAAUGGAAUGCGGCGGUAUCUGUGCGGUGCCCAAGGGCCGGUCAAUGAUUGCAACAGUGCGACAUGAUUCAUUCGACCUUACACCACUCGCUCCCAGAGAACGCUGCACUCCUCUCUCUGUGGCUGCCCAUACACUGUAUGAGAAAACCCGUCCUGAUCGGCUGCCUGGCCCCGGUGGUGUUCUCGUACUCGAUAAUGCUUCCUACGAGCAGUUGACUGGAAAGACUGUGCGCGUGCGCGGUGCCAACUUUGUUCCAAGCACCGUGUACCAGGUCAAGCUAGAAGGCGUCGAAAAGCUUGGAUACCGUACCGUCUUUAUUGGAGGUAUCCGAGAUCCGAUCUUGAUCAGCCAGAUCGAUGAGUUUCUUGCGGAGGUGCGCGCCUAUACCCAGAAGCUAUUCCCCGAACUCGACCAGUCUCCCCAGUACCGUCUCAUAUUCCACUUCUACGGUCGGAAUGGUACCAUGGGUCCGAUCGAGCCCUCUCCGGUUGCAGGUCACGAACUUGGGAUUCUAGGAGAAGUCGUCGCUCCGUCUCAAGAGUUGUCGGACACUAUUGCUAACAACGCCCGAGCAUCAGUUCUGCAUAUGCCUUACACCGACCAGGUUGCUACAACUGGUAAUUUUGCCUCUCCACUAUCGCCACACGAAACACCCGUGGGGCCUGUGUUCCGAUUCAAUGUUUAUCACCUCGUGGACCUGGAGAAGGGCGAAGAGGUUUCAUUGUUCCCCAUCAGUCUGAUCACCAUCAACAAUCCAUCUCACGACUCUCCAUGUCCCGGGCUCACAGCCGCAGAGAGAGAUCAGCUCGCUGCCGAGCCCCUGCAGCCGAUAAUGCAAAAGACCGUUCCCCAAGAAGAGUGCAAGAUGCUAGAUAUUGCCAAGAUCAUCCGAUCAAAAAACUCGAGCCCUUUCGAACUGACCUUUGACAUCAUGUUUGACAAUGGCGAGGCGUACACACGAGUCAUGAAUUCUGGCGUCCUUACCAACGAGCAUAUCAUGGAACUAUACCACCUCAAAAGCAAAGACAUAAUCACCAACAUGUUCUUCGAGCCGGCACUGGCGUGGAAGUGCACGAUUCAACGACCUUGGGAGCAGGGUACCGUCGGCGAACGCGACACUCUCGGUACGCAACAGCAUGGCCCUUUGCUAAACAUUAUAGUUCCCAAGGCAAGGAAUGACAGUGUGCAGCCUCGUUCCAUGUUCACUGCAAAGGAUAGCGUGGAGCAUAUUUGGAAGACACUUUCUCUUCCUGCGGAGUCCCUUGCCCAGCUUCAUCUCCCAGGCGAAGGGCUAGGUCUACCAUCCUCCUUCAAAAUCGCCCAUCUUGCUCAAGCAUCCAUCGGUCUCUCUGCCCUUCUAGCCGCCCAGAUCCACGCUCAUAGAAACUCAAUCCCGACCCACACCGUGAGCGUCCCUCUGAAACAUGCGGUCAUUGAAUUCAAAUCGGAACGCCUGUAUACACUGGAUGCCAACUCAACACCAUCCCCCUGGAGCCCAAUCGGUGGCCUUCAUAAGACCGCCGACGGCUACGUCCGCAUACACGACUCGUUCCCUAAUCACCGAGAGGGGGCAAGGUCUCUACUAGGCUGUUCACCAGAUGCUAACCGUGACGAAACCUCAGCCAAGAUUGCAGCGUGGCGCGCAAUUGACCUCGAAUCCACUGCAUUCGACUCGAAACUUGUCAUCUCAGCCCUGCGGAGCUACACCGAGUGGGAUGUCCUCCCCCAAGCCCGCGCCAUUGCUGAUUUCCCGAUCCUCCUCCGCAAGCUCUGUGAUGGGCCAAAGGGCCUCCCAAAAACCAUGCAAUCCGCCAAUAACGACAAAGCUCUCCGCGGCCUCCGCGUCCUUGAACUAUCCCGCGUCAUAGCGGCACCCCUCGCAGGGAGAACAUUGGCAGCCCAUGGUGCUGACGUCCUCUGGGUAACAAGCCCAAACCUGCCCGACCUGCCGGCAAUAGACCGCGACUUUGGCCGCGGCAAACGUACCAUCCAUAUCGACCUAUCUGAUACCUCUGACUACGAGAAUAUUUCCCGGCUCCUCGACGAUGCGCACGUCUUCUUGCAGGGCUUCCGGCCCGGCGGCCUUGCAUCACGCGGCCUGUCCCCCUCGGACCUCGCAAGCCGGUACAAGCACCGAAACAUUAUCUGCGCCAACAUGUCAGCCUACGGGCCCGAUGGACCCUGGUGCUCCAGACGUGGUUUUGACUCCCUUGUACAGACCUGUUCAGGUAUGAAUGUUUCUGAGGCCGAGCACUUUGGGGGUGGAGAGGCAGCGCGCCCGACACCGUGCCAGGCGCUUGACCACGCAGGUGGGUAUUUUCUUUCUGCUGGUAUUAUGGCGGCGCUAUACAAGCAGGCAACAGAGGGUGGGUCCUGGGAGGUUAAUGUCUCGCUUGCGGGUGUAAUGAAGUAUCUACGGUCACUAGGGCAGUUCGAAGGAAAGACAGGGUUUGCAACAAGGGAUUAUACUUGUACAGCGGAUGUGCCAACAGAGUACUUAGAGACGAGAGAGACGGGGUUUGGAGAGAUGACUGCGGUUAAGCAUUCUGCUGCCAUCGAAGGAGUGCAAGUCGGGUGGGAUAUUAUGCCAAAGCCUUUGGGGACAGAUAAGAAGGUGUGGUUGUAA